AUGGGAGCGUGCGUUUCACGUGAAUGUACGAGGGGAGAUUCGGCGAAGCUGAUACUGUUCGACGGGACUUUACAAGAGUUCUCAACUCCGGUCAAAGUUUGGCAGAUCUUGCAGAAAUACCCGUCGAGUUUUGUCUGCAACUCAGACGAAAUGGAUUUCGACGACGCCGUUUCAGCAGUCUCCGGCAACGAAGAGCUCCGACCGGGACAGCUUUACUUCGUUUUACCGCUGACGUGGCUCAAUCAUCCGCUAAGGGCGGAGGAAAUGGCAGCUUUGGCUGUUAAAGCGAGCUCGGCGCUGACCAAGAGCGGGUGA